AUGUCUGGACGCGGCAAGCAGGGUGGCAAGGCUCGCGCCAAGGCCAAGACGCGCUCCUCCCGCGCCGGCCUGCAGUUCCCGGUAGGGCGAGUCCACCGUCUCCUGCGCAAGGGCAACUAUGCCGAGCGGGUCGGGGCCGGCGCUCCUGUCUACCUGGCGGCGGUGCUCGAGUACCUGACUGCCGAGAUCCUGGAGCUGGCUGGCAACGCGGCCCGCGACAACAAGAAGACGCGCAUCAUCCCGCGCCACCUGCAGCUGGCCAUCCGCAACGACGAGGAGCUCAACAAGCUGCUGGGCAAAGUCACCAUUGCGCAGGGCGGUGUCUUGCCCAACAUCCAGGCGGUGCUGCUGCCCAAGAAGACCGAGAGCCACCACAAGGCCAAGGGAAAGUGAAGUCCCUAUAACCUARCCUUCCUAAAACCAAAGGCUCUUUUCAGAGCCACCCACCAGAUCAAGCAGAGGAGCUGUGAUGCACAAUUGUUCCAAUAGUUGAUAGCCUGCAGUAGUUUAUGAAGACUGUUUGGCGCUUACGGUAUAACGGAAU